UUAUUGAUGUAGAUAUUAACUGUAACAAACAGUCGAUGUACACUGCACAACAUGGGGGCGGUUGAUGAAGUAUGCUGUUUAUUGGAAACCCACGCUAAUCGUGACAAGGUUGUUUCCCUCGUGAGUUACACAUUAAAGCUAUGGGGAGCAACAUCCAAGAAUCAGCCAUUGCUAACAGCGAGCGCGCGCAUUGCUGCCGCGCGCGCCACCUUGCGGCUGUUCGAUGAUGCAGCCGCCAUCAGAGCGCUACUCAAAUAUGGAUUAGGCAAACAAGAUGGCUUACUGUGGGGCGGUUUAGGCGUUAGUAACGGUGUGCUUCAACUGUCAUACCUGCAGUGCGAGAAGUUAGUUUGGCUGCUGGACACCGGUGUGCUCACACUGUCUCCAGAGCUUGAUGAGAAGAUACGCAUCGCGCACAAACUGUUCUGGUCAUUGUCGGCGUUUGUUGCACUCUUUAGAUCUCUUCGCGCGUUACAUUUAACUGCUCAGAUCAUGAAGUCUCCCAACAGACCGAAGUGUACAGGUGUAAGGUUCACGCAGGCUUCGCUAACCACGUCCAAGUUGCUGCUGGACGUGCUGCAUGCAGUCAGCUGGUUGCCGCGUGGCUGGUUGUGGGGCGGAGCCCUAUCCACCACGCAGGUUUCCACUCUCGCCACCGUGUCCGCUGUAUUUGGGCUUGUUAUGCAUUAUAAUGGAAAACGUUUACUACCACGGUAGUAUGGAACUAAUAAACAGAGUUCAAAUACAGUCUUACUUUGAUAAGUAAGAAACCUCAAUAAGCGAGUCUUUGAUUUCAACGGACGACCUUCGUAAGCUAGAAAAAUCGCUGUCUCUUGGGCUCUCGCUAAUCCAGCUUCGAUUAAUAUAUUAAGUUUGUAAUCAAUUCCAGGGUUCACUAUUAACACGUUCAAUGCCACUAUUUCGGUACUGUGAACUCGACAGGUAAGCAAGUGACACUGAACGUGUUAAGACUGAUAUUAUUACAUUGUAAAAUAUGUAAAUAUGUGAUUUUUUAUGUAAAUACGUAAAUAAAUAUAAUUCGAUUCAGA